GAAUCCUCGAAGGGUUUUCUUGUUUCUGCAGUGCAAACUCCAAAUCAGCAAAACAGUAAAACACCUCCGCAGUCCCUGGUGCUCCCCUCAUCUCCGCAGACGAGUUGAAAGCCUAAUCUGGAGUGAUUCAGGUGUGUCGAGUGUGAAGAGUCAUUCAUCAUUAUCUAUUAUUCAUUUACUUUAUUAUCUCAUGUGAACAAGUACGUGUGGAGCUGCUCGUAACCAUCUUCCUUCUUCCCCUCCCCCCCCCCUGCGUAUCCACGGUGGCCCCAAACAGUUGUCACCGCGUGUGUCCAGAUCGGUGACUUCACUGCGUUCCGUUAUUAUUAUUACUUUUGUUUGAAAUACACGUGUGCGUGUUCCACAGCAUUUACGCAGCAAAGUUGCUCGAGAGCACACACCAUGAAUAUCGUUCGCCUGGCUUUUUGCUGCAUCACCGCAGCGCUGCUGAGCCUCGGCGCGCUCUUCUACUUCUCCACCUACGAUCCUGAAAAGCACAUGCUGAUGCGGGCCCGCGUCUACUCCGACUACGACCCGCUGGAGCACUGCGUGACGCCCUUCGGCGUCGUCCUCGGCUACUCCAAUGGAGUCCCCGCCUUCAGCAACUGCAUCUCCACCUUCAAGACGACCUACGUUAACUACGUCAAUCUGAUGAACCCGCUCGACGUCGGCCGCCGCGGCGACCCGUCCGAGACCACGGUGAUCAUGCUAGGCGUGCGCUACACCGCGAUGGACUUCUACAUUCGCUGGAUGGCGUGGAACAGGGGCCUGGUGCCGCGGCUGGUGGAGGACACAAGCCAGUUCUGGAAGACAAACAGCUUCUACAACCCAGCCAAAACGGCGCAGGACUGGGAGGCGGUGUACAUUACAAACUACGCCGAGGCAACGGAUGUGGAGGAGCGCAGGUUCAACGCCCCCCGCAAAGCCGACGCCAUCCUCUACAAUCAAGACAGCAAAAUACUGCCGGACGGGCACAUCGCCGUCAUUGUGAAGGUGGAGGGGGACGUGGAGGCUGCCGGUGGGACCGAGAAGUUCAACGAGCUAAAGAAGCUGCGCCUGCACCCGCGUCGCGUCUACGUGGCGGAGCAGAACUUCAAAAACGAAGACUGGGGAGGCAAGAACUACAGUCGUAUCCUCACGUUUCAGUGGCGCCAGGUGAAGACGGGGACGACCUACGAAGGUUUCCUGACGGACCCGGACAGCUUGUCGAUCAUUGGCUUCGUGCGCGUGGGCAAGCCGCUGCCGCUGCGCGAGUUGUCGGAUCCCUACGACGACGCGCUGAGAGACGACGGCGGCGAUUUGUGA